AUGACAUACAAACGAUAUCCCUCGGACUUUAGAAUCUUCUUCAGACCCGGCGCUACCACGCAGCAGUUCCCAAAUAUCUACGAAAGGCUGGAGAAAUCCAACGCUGUAACAUCGUAUCAGGACGAGCCUUCGUGCCGUUGGAUCAUCUUACACGUCUCCGAAGCCAUGCUAUAG